UCCGGCCCGAGAGCGAGCGAGCAAGCAAGAAAGCGCAGCCUCGGAGAAGGCGAGGGGCGCGCAAAAGCGGAAUGCCGGCCGCCUGAGCUACCCAAGGAGCCGCUACGGUCUUGCAAACUCUCCGCUCCCGGGAAGGCCGCCAUGGCCGCGGCCGCCUCGCUGGAAGACAGCCACCCGGCCUCCAAACAAGAACCUGUUGUAGAAACUGCAGAAGAAGCCACAGAGCCAGCAGAAGCUGAUAUUAAUGAACUUUGUACGGAAAUGUUCAAUAAAAUGGCCAUCUACUUAACAGGUGAACUGACUGCAACUAGUGAAGAUUACAAACUCCUGGAAAACAUGAACAAACUAACUAGUCUGAAGUAUCUGGAAAUGAAAGACAUUGCUAUAAACAUAAGUCGGAAUUUGAAAGACUUAAAUCAGAAAUAUGCUGCACUUCAGCCAUACCUGGAACAAAUCAAUCAAAUUGAAGAGCAAGUUGCAGCUUUGGAACAGGCUGCCUACAAACUGGAUGCAUAUUCCAAGAAACUUGAUUAAUUCAGGGAUCAAAAGACUGUCCUCUGUUUGAAAACUAGUUCUCACCUAUUCAUUUAUGGCCAAAAGCAUUGCAUAUUUCACUAAUCUAUGGUUUAUUAAUGGUUUAUUGAUCUAUGAUAUUUUUGGUUCAAUUCACACAAAUUGCUGAGACUUACAAUGGGAUUUGAUACAAAGCUGCAUGCCUAUCUUUUUUUUUGACUGGGAUGGCGACCAUGCGAUCUGGUCACUUGUGUCCACUACUGAUUUGAAGUAUUGGAAAACAAAGGAACAUGAAUUUGGGCAAACUCCAGAGGAUAGCAGAGUCAGACAUGAAUUAAGGAGUGAACAAGAAGAAAAAUAAUGCUUUAUAUUCUUAUUAAGUUUCCCCUGAAAUAAAUUUAAAGCAAAAAUCAAUAUACAACAAUAAAAACAUAGCUUUGUACCGAGUAUCUGGCAGCCCCAAGUUGCAUUUUCAUAACCAUUAUUACCCUCUUUACCCCAAAAUAAGACAUCCCCUGAUAAUAAGCCCAAUUGGGCUUUUGAGCGCUAGGCAAUAAGGCCAAGCAUUUAUUUCAGGGUUUAAAAAAAUAUAAGACAGGGUCUUAUUUUCGGGGAAACACGGUAAGAUAAUAAAUUGUGAUGCUGUUUUGAUCUCAUACCAAAUCCUUUUUUCACUAAAAGAAGGGUAUAAAUGAAGAGUUUAGGCAAAGGCCAAUUAAAGCAAAAUCUGGACAAUUGCUAACAUCCUAUUAUAUAGGUAAGAUUUUUAUCAUAAUUUGAUCCAAUCAGUAUACAAUUUGCUUUUCUCCUUUAUAUUAUUAUAUUUAUAUUACUUUCAUACAUGCAUUUUUUAGUAGUUCAAGUUCCCGAUUAAUCAGUUCAGGCUCUUAUAUAUAUGUAUGUUUGUACUGCCAUCUCUCCCAGUUUCUCUUCCUUUCUCAAUUAUUAGUUAUAAUGACAGGAUAUGGCUGUGGUUCCACUCUUAACCAAGGCCAUCCAGGUAGUUGCAGCAACAAGUUUAAACUAUUUUUUACACCUGCCUUCCAUGGACACUUCUGUUUUUAACAUAACACUGAAAAGUAACUAUCAAUGCUAAUGCAUAGGAGAAAUGACUUUUUCAUCAUAUUCCAAAACUCAGAAGUUAAGUUUCAGGAGUUUUAAACAGACAACAAAUAGCACAUUAAGCACAGGGCAGCUGAUCCUCUCACAGUCUCCCUCUGUCUCAAGAAAUUUAAUUUUACAGCAAAGAAUAGGAAAAUUUUAGAUAACAUUUUUGAUACAUUCCUUCAAAAGCAGUAUUGGUGGUCCUUGACUUAUGACCGUAAAUUACAGUCCUAAGUAAUGUUGGACAUCCAACAGGUCACAUGAUCAUGCCUUAUUUUACAACCUUUUGUGAUCUUUAAGCAAAUUCCAUGGUCAUUAAGCAAAUCCAUUGUCCGUAAUGGGUAGUUUUUGCCGGAAACCAAUGUUUCUGGCAAAAAAAAAGCCCUAAAUCACAAGCCAUUGUCACUGCAGGAUACUGAAAAUAGCCAUAAAUGCAGGCCAGCUGCCAAGCACCCAAAAUGUAAUCAUGUGAUGGGGUGGGUGGGCAUUAGAACUUUGAAUUUGGGUCACAAAUGGCCCUGGGAAAGUCUGUCAUAACUUUGAAUAGUUACUAAGUAAUCUAUCGUAAAUCAAGGAUUUCAUGUAUUCUAAGAAAUGAUGUAAAUUUUAAGAAUAAGUUUAUAAUUUGACGUAAGUUCCUUUGCAUGUAAACGGAGUGUAUACUUCUGAGUGUGUCUAAUCAUACUUGGCUGAAUAAAGUAUUGUAGUCUAUUCUGUUCUGUUGAUUAAAUGAAGAAAUUACAUUGAA